GUGUUCAAGAUGGACGAACUGACGGUUGAGGUUCGCGGCUCCAAUGGAGCUUAUUAUAAGGGCUUUGUCAAAGAUGUUCAUGAGGACUCACUCUCCAUCUCGUUCGAAAACAACUGGCAGCCAGAGAGACAGGUCCCGUUCAGUGACGUGCGCUUGCCUCCUCCUGCUGACGUGAAGAAGGAGAUCGGUGAGGGAGACGAAGUGGAGAUCUACUCAAGGGCAAACGAGCAGGAACCAUGUGGCUGGUGGCUCGCCAAAGUGCGCAUGAUGAAGGGAGAUUUCUAUGUGAUCGAGUAUGCAGCCUGUGAUGCUACAUACAAUGAGAUCGUCACGUUCGAGCGUCUGCGGCCCGUCAACCUCAACAAAGCCGUGACCAGAAACACCUUUUAUAAGUGUACUGUUCCUGUUCCCGAUGAUCUGAAGGCUGUUUGUGAGAACGAGCUCGCUCAUAAGGACUUUAAGAAGGCUGUAGGAGCGAGCAGGAUCGUCUACAACCCUGAAACCUGUGAGCUGCUCAUCCUGUCUGUGAACGAGGUGACGGUGAAGCGAGUGUCUCUCCUGAGCGACAUGCACUUGAGGAGCAUCCGCACUAAACUCAUGCUCAUGUACCGGAACGAGGAGGCCACAAAGCACUUAGAGAGUACGAAGCAGCUAGCAUCAGCGUUCCAGGAGGAGUUCACGGUGCGAGAGGAUCUGAUGGGUCUUGCCAUCGGCAGCCACGGCACAAACAUUCAGCAGGCCAGGAAAAUUCCAGGCGUGACUGCCAUCGAGCUGGACGAAGAGAGCGGCACGUUCAGGAUUUACGGAGAGACUGCCGAGGCGGUCCAGAAAGCAAGGAGCCACCUGGAAUUCCUGGAAGAGUCGGUACAAAUUCCCAGAAAUUUAGUUGGCAAGGUGAUCGGUAAAAACGGCAAGGUCAUUCAGGAGAUCGUGGAUAAAUCUGGGGUGGUGCGAGUACGGAUCGAGGGAGACAACGACAACAACCUUCCCAGGCAAGAGGUGAGGUCUUAUUUUCAAGACUGUUUCCUUUCUGAUCCCUUUACUAUGGUGAAUGGUAUUUAUUACCAUGCUGUGGUCUUUUAUUAUUUAAAAAAACCCCACCCCACUUCGUCACAGGGAAUGGUGCCCUUCACGUUUGUCGGCACAAAGGAGAGCAUCGGAAACAUUCAAGUCCUUCUGGAAUACCACAUUGCUUACCUGAACGAGGUGGAGCAGUUGAGGUUGGAGCGGCUGCAGAUCGAUGAACAGCUGCGUCAGAUCGGUUUGGGUUUCCGCCCUGUUCCGGGACGUUCCACAGAGAAAGACAAAGAGAAGAGCUCCGGGAUGGACGAAAGCAUCUCCGCCGUCUCGCUGCACUCUGGGCGCUCCUAUACGGGCCGGGGACGUGCACGCAAGACCGCCAACCACAACUCGGCCUACGGAACGAACUCGGAGCACUCGUACACUUCAGAGACGGAUUCUGAGCGGAGAGACGAGCCGAGUGAUUUCUCUGUGAGAGAAGAUGAGGACGAGCGCAAUGUCCAGCCUAAGGAAAACAGGAAGAGAGUGGGAGGAGUCAGAGGUCGCGGUGGGUCAGGAGUCAGAGGUCGCGGGGCUGGACGAGGGUCAGGGAGCACCAUGAGCUCAGUUCUGAAGGAUCCAGACCGGAACCCAUACAGUAUAUUGGAUAACUCCGAGUCGGACCAGAUUGCUGAUGCAGAAGCGAGUGAGUGUGAGCAGAGUUCUCGGAGCCGACGCUCGCGCCGCCGACGCCCUGAACCUGACGAUAACACAUCACUCAGUGAGAAUGGCCUCGUCACUGUGGCUGAUUAUAUAUCACGUGCUGAGUCCCACAGCAGGCAGAGAACGCCACGAGAUCUGAAGAAGAAUAAAAAAGACUUGGGUCAGGUGGAUGUCAUAUCUGAGCAUGGCGCCUCCAAACAGCUUGCUAACAGCCCCAACACUAACCCUGAUGAGCAGAAUAAGACACUGCACGCUUCCACAGAAACAGCCCCUGGUGGGAAAACUGAUGUGGCCAAGCCAACCGUCGUUAAUGGACUCUCCUAAACACCCGGAUCUGUUCCUGUAUUCUAUCUCCAAACAGCUGUAACCUUUACAUUUUUACAAUAGUGCUUGUAUGAGCCUCGCCAAAGAUAGACAGACACACACAGACUUCCAGAUUCUUCUCUCUGCUGCACUUUUCUGUUCCUUCACCGUGGAUCAGGUACGAAGGGAGAACAUGAACUAAACAAAAGGUGCCCUGAAAUGCAAUGCAUUAUUAGCAUUUCUUUUUCUGUCCAGUUAUCUUUUACCAUGAAGCCUAAAUGGAAAUCUCUGCAAUGUUCUCUAUAAAUGUUGUUAUUCCAGACCCACCAAACUUUACAAAUUUUGUAUAGGAGCGUAACAUUUUAAAAUCAGAGUAUUCUGCUAUAAGUUAUUCCUCAAACGCCAGUUGUCUUUUUUUUUUUUUUUUCUUUCCCCCCCCCCCCCCAAUGGCAGAUGAUCCAAUCGAUAUAUUAGUCUGCAGUUAUUGACACUUGCCUAAGUGUUUUUAAACUCUCCAUAUUAACAAAGCCUCUGGAAGCCUUGAGUUUCCCCCUGAUGUGUUCUCACGGUAAAUGAAGAAUGUUUAGGGUUUGUUAAUGUGAAUUAAAAUCUUUCUGUACCACUUAGCAAAUGUCUGUUAACUAGAUUUAUUAGGGAUACCACAGAAGAUUGCCUGCUGAAGUGUUCAGAUUUAAAACUUAAACAACUUUAAUGGUAACGAGGAUUAGAAAGUGACAAAAACCAUUUUUUUCUUCUGCACUAUCAGCACUAAUGUGUUUUAAACAGUGCAAUCAAGCCCAUCGCCAUAGAAACGAGUGUGUGUAUACACAGGGUUUUACGGUAAUUACCAGGUGCUUUGGGGGGGAAGCUGUCUGUUUUAUGAUGUUUACAUACACACUUUUUAUUAAUUGCUGUACAUAACAUCUUUUUUCCUUGAAUAUGAAGAAUGAAAUUGUUCAUGUAGACCUUUCUAGUGUUUCAAUCUUAAAUAAAACAGGAGACAGCUCCCUGUUCUCCCCCAAGAUGCUGGUGGCUACCCUUAAAUCUGUAUACACACACCUAGCCAUACGAUAUGUGAACGGGUGAUUAUUGAUAAUGUUCUGUGGUUUUAUUUCAUUUAUUCCUCUUCAGGAUCGGCAGGUACUUGGUUUCUGGUCAGUUCUCAGUAAUCUCUGUGUUCCUGAUUAUCAGGUGGGUAUUUCAAAAGUAUUCACGUCUUUUUACGUCCUUUUAUUGACCGACAAACCUCAGGAGUGCUGUUAUUUUGAGAUGAUAAUGGGACAGAAGAAAGUAUAAUGCAUGACUUUUCUGGGCUUAUUACAGACAUAACAUUUAACAAAAGUCUGUAAUGUUUUAAGUACACGAUCAGAUGUUGUGCCUUCAGAGAGUAGUGUCGCUGGCUGUAGGCCAAAAUAAAACCAGAGAGGAGAAUUAGCUGCUUUUUAUUUUUAAUAUGCAACCACUUUGUGUUAGGCAUGUGCCGAUAAAUAGUUGGAUGAUAUCAUAACAUCCAGUGUUGAGAUUAUGAAUUUAGAAACAGGCUGCCUACAUAGGGUGGACUAAUUUAGAACAAGCACAGAUCUCAAUUUUAGACAAAUCUGAAGGAAUGUCUCAAUUUUGUUCAACACAUGAAUCUGAACUGGUGUUAAUGUUUCAGUAACAUUGUGAACAUAAAUAAAAUUGGACCAUUCUCAUGAAAGGAAAGCGUCAUAUCGGCACAUGCCUGUUUCAUACAGUGAUUUAGGAAAUGCAGUCAGAAAUGUUUUUUUGCACUGAAUUGUAAUUUCUGUCCCUUUAGAAGAAUGUUAGUCUGGAAAACUGGUCUGUUACUGUCAGAUAGGAAAACACUCCAUGUGACACUUGGAAAGAUUGACUUCAGUGAAAGGAGAAAUGCUUUGGUUUAUUUAUUACAAUGUACAGUAUUUAAACGAGAAAUGCGGAAGCAGUUCUUCUAACACUACCACCUGAACGUUGCACACAGGAGAUGAAUUGGACUACUGAAAGAUCCUUCCAGAUUUUCUGUUCUGUAAACUGUUUGUCCCUUUUUUUUCUCUCUUUUUUUUUUUUUUUUUUAAAUGAUCAUACUGGUUGUUUGAUGUGCAAUAUGUUUUGUAUCCAGGUAGUUCUUAAAUAAAAUUUUGAUCUUCCAGA